CUAAAGCAAGAGAGGAGGUGUUGAUGGAGUCUUCUAGGUCAAGUGGAGGAAUGGUUUCCAAGCAGCCCUGCGUGAAUAAAAUAAUUGUGUAUGACAAACCCAAUUUUGAGGGGCUGAGCAAAGAGUUCACCAGUGAUGUUCCUGACUUGCAUGAGCUGGAUUUUGGUGACUGCAUCUCCUCCUUGAAGGUCACGGGGCAACCUUGGGUUGCCUACAAACUCCCCAAGUUUGAGGAAGAUGGUUUUGUGUUUGAGGAAGGGGAUCAUGCAGAGGUUAACAAGAGCAACAACUUCUCAUCCCUCCGACUGGUUCAUUAUGAUCUCUCCGAGCCUCAGAUCACUCUAUAUGAACUCCCCAACUAUGAAGGCCGGAGCAAAGUAGUGACAGAAGAAACCAACCUUGCCUAUGGUUACUUCAAUGAUUGCGUCUCCUCUCAUGUGGUACAGAAAGGUGUCUGGCUGUUGUACAAGAACUCAAACCGGAGUGGAUGGUAUCACAUCGCCUGGCCUGGAGAGCACAUUCACGACUAUAAGACCGAGAUUAAUUUUGAUGACAGUGUGUCCCACCUGCAGCCCUUGAAGCCUGGUCGACCCAUCAUUACCGCAAAGCUGUUGUGGGACCAGAAAAAAGUGGAGGAUGAGCGGGACAUCCUGAUAGAUGAGAUUGUAGGAAUCAACUGCACCAAAUAUAACCAAGCAUUCACUGCCAACACCAGUAGGGAAUAUACGGCCACAGUUGUCCAGAGCUUCCACUUCAGCAAUACCACAAAUCUAAAACUUGGCUUCAGUUUCCAAGUCACUGUGGGGGUUGCCAACAUCUUGGUGGUGGAGAAAGGGAAGCAUGAGUCCACCACUACCAAUGAAAAGGUAGAUGUUAUGCUGCCUGCCAAAAUCCCUCCGUGCACCCAGCUCUCCAUUCAGGUGGUCAGGAAAGAGACCACUACCUCUGUUCCAGUGGAACUCACCAUCUGUCAGAAUGGGAAAGAAAAGAAAGAGCUUGCAGAGUACAAGUGCGUGUCAGGUCGUACUAUUAGCACUAGAUAUGUCAUGAAGCCCAUCUCCGCAGGAGGGGAGACUCCCCAGGCCAAGCUUACACCUGUGACUGAGGGGGAGCCCUGUCAUGCCAAGCCCUCCCACAAAGCUACAGAAGAGCAUUUCCAGGCUAAGCCUGACCCAACACCACCAGGUGAACGCUCAUAAACCACACCUGAAUAAGGUGAACAUGAUUGUUCGUUGUUCGUUGCCAUCCACGAACAAGGAAUCACAAACAACCAUGAACAUGACCCUGUUCAUGAACAUGUUCGUGGUUGGCUGUUCAUGGGAGGAAGGGGGGAGCCUUGGAAGGGAAGAAAGUUCCCUGCGCCCUUUGCAAACAGCGUGGGGAACCUCCUUCCCUUCAAAGUCUCCCUCCUUCCAGCUGGCUAGAGGGAGUUGGGGGGGGGAGACUCUGAAGGGAAGAAGGUUCCCCAUGCUGUUUGCAUGGUGUUUUCUUGAUUUUGCCGAAUAUGCUUAUAACAACUUGGUACAUAGCUCAACAGGAGCCACACCAUUCAAAAUAGUACAUGGCAAUGAAGGAAACGCCUCGCCUUUCUCUACAACCCCUAACUCCUCACAGGUAGAAGACCUGGAGGAAUGGUGGGCUAGGUUAACUUCCCAAUGGGGAAUCAGCCAAAAAAACUUUGGACAAAGCCAAAGAGGAUUACAAAAAAUUUGCUGACAGAAAGCGCUCAGAGCAAUGGAAACUACAACCAGAAAAUUUUGUAUACAUCUCCACCAAAAACAUAAAAGGGGAGCAACCUACUAAAAAACUAGAAUGGAGAUAUCUGGGCUCUUUUCCUGUAAAGAAGUUAAUAAAUGAUGUGACUGUAGAAAUUGAACUUCCAAAGAAUUUAAAACAAAUCCACCCAGUAUUCCACUUCAGUCUUCUAAAAAAGGCUCCCCUACCUGAUCAGUGGCAUCCAGAAAGGGGACCCCCAUAUCCAAUGCAGGUGGAUGGACAUAUUCACUAUGAAGUGGAGGAAAUCUUAGACUCUAAAAUUAAACACAACAAACUUUUCUACCUAGUCAGGUGGAAAGACUUUGAUGAAUCUUAUGGAGAAUGGGUAGAGCAAGCCCAUAUGAAUGCCCCCAAACUAAUUUCCAACUUCCAUAAAUGUUAUCCUGACCUUUAGGGGGGCAGAAUGUCAUGUCUGUACCCCUACAUCCAUGUCAUUGUUCUAGGGGUUGAACAAUUUCUGAUACUGUGCUUUGAUUUCAUUUUGCAAAUACUAUAACCAUCACUUUAGUUUCUCUCCCUAUCAGCCUGAGAACACAACUGUGUUAUCUCUUUCUUUGAAGCUCACUGAAAUGACCUUGCACUGUCUGAAAUGUUGCUGUUUCUUUUAUGCCUCUUUCUGUCCUGUCUAGCUGAUGUAUAAACAACAGCAGAAGUUCCCAGACUUCUUCCCGCCCCCUCCCCCUUACCUGUGGUUUGGGGAGGAGGGAAAUGAUUUGAGUAUUUAGAGCUGUACUUUUUUCAAGUCUCUAUUCCUAUCAAGGAAGCGUGUACUGCUUGGAGGCUUCCUUGCUUCUGAGUAAUUCUAUGGACAUAUAUAUGGAAAUGAUCUGAUUUCUGAAUA